CUUCUCUCCUCUCUCUUCUCUCUCCCCCUCCACCCUUCUCCUUCCAGCUUGCUGCAAUAAAACUGUCUCGGUAUGGAGAGGACCUGCUGUUUUAUCUUUACUACAUGAACGGAGGAGACCUCCUCCAGCUGCUGGCUGCAGUAGAGCUCUUCAACCGGGACUGGCGGUACCACAAGGAGGAGCGUGUGUGGAUCACGCGGGCGCCGGGCAUGGAGCCCACUCUGAAGACCAACGCCUAUGAGAGAGGCACCUACUACUUCUUUGAUUGUCUUAACUGGAGGAAAGUAGCCAAGGAGUUUCAUCUGGAAUACGAGAAGCUAGAGGAGAGACCCCACGUGCCAUCCACCUUCAACUACAACCCAGCUCAGCAAGCCUUCUGAGAGACUUCCUUCCCCUCGUUCUCAGUCCACCAUGGGAUCCUAGACCUGGUUUGAGUUCUGGUCCCUGGCCCUGGUUACUCACAGCAGACAGACAGACAGCGAAUGCCGGUGUGGCUGGCUCAGGCAUCCUGCUUUUUAUUCCUCGACGAUCGACCAUCUGGCAAAUUGACUUUAGGCCAAAUGAAGGGAAACCCGGUGACCAUUUUGGCUCCGAGCAGGUCCUUCUUCCCCGAAAUGAAUGGUGUGUCGCCCAAUGAAACGCUGGUUUCUCUUUUUAAUCUUUUUUUUCUUUCUUUUUCAUCUUUUUCCUGACCUUUUCCCUUUUUGUUUUGGUUGGUUGUCAUUUUGAAAACAUUCACAACUUUUUGUUUACGCCUCAUUCUUCAGACCUCCCCAUUGGUCACGAAGCACCAUGACAUCAUAAUACACACACACCCUCUCUGACAGAACCAGGUUGGUCUGUCGUUAUCCAACAGAAGUGUUCAGAGAAACACGGUGACAUGCAGAUGUCAACACACAACACAAUGUUACUCCAGCAGAGGGGAAAACCCACCGACAGACUGACAGACAGACAAGAGGCCAGGAGAAAAUGCAAUGUUCGUAUUGUAGAUCUAUUUCGUAAUAAAAGAACACAAAAGAUGUUUGUGUAUUUGUUCAUAUGUGAAGACGAGACCCAUAAUAGUUCAGCUUGGACAUAUCGUUAACUCUCAAACACAUACGUUUUUUUUAAACUUCAGUUUAUUCCCUCAUUCGCUCCCUUUCCACCCACCAUUUCUCCGCCCCUUUUCUGCCUACAAGAAUGAUCCACCAAUCAGUGACAGACAACCUCCAGCUGUCCAUAUUCACUGAGACUCAUCCUCCUUCCAGGGAUGAACAGAACCGGAGAAAGAACUGUCCCAAGUCUUUGUUACAAUUUUGUAAUAAAAGUACAUGUUUUUCCAUUUUUUGGGGAGAGGGGGGGCUCAGGCAUCACACAUGACUAAAGAUAUGUAUGUUUGAUGUGUAUAUAUUAUAUAUAUGACAUCUAUUUUGGAGAAGAUUAAAAAUAAAUAAAAACAAGACUGUCGCCCGGCUGUACCUCGUUUUUAGGAGGUGAGCACGGAGCGGUGCAAUAGUGGACGUACCGUACGACGUGGAUAAAACGGGACUGUUCUGGGGACCGUGCCUGUCAACAAUAACAAUAGAUAACCUGGAUUAAAACCGUACUGGAGCCGGUGGAUAGAGGACGACAAUAACUGGUCAGGACAGGGGACCAUGCCUCACGCCCUGAACACUUUCAAUUAAACAACGAAGAACAUCAACCACUACAAACAAGGGCCAGAUACAUUCUCAGUGAGCCAAUAAGAACACCCGUACCCAUGUGAUGGUAGUUUUGGAGGGAUGCGAUUGGAGGAAGAUGAGGACUGAAGCCCUUCACUGUUCAACAGCAGCAUUUCAUAGGAAAAGAAAAACACAAUAAAUAAAAAUAAUAUGAAAAAACAGUAUUGUAUUUUCUGAUCACGUUCUGGAAAAAAGCUUCUCUUUAAUAAAGUAGAAAGGCUUUCUCCUGUA